UUUCCGUUUUGGGCCAUGGACCGCGUCCUAUCGCACGUGAGUGGUAUGGACCGCGUGCUAUCGCGCGUGAGUGGCGGUCGCGUCGGCAGCAUCCACGUGACGUACGAGAACGACAACGACAUUGUGGCGCGGCAGUUUGCCGAGAACCUCACAGGCGUCUUUCGCCUCGUACUCAGCAACGACCUUCCCGGCACGCUUCGGCACCUCAAGGACCGCCCGGAGGAUCUCUAUAAGCGCGACAUUGUCGGUGCGACGCCGGUACUGCUCGCAUACCUCACCAAGCGCUUUGAGCUGGGCCAAGCGAUCAUUGCCGAGUGCCCCGGCCUCAAGGACAACAAGCAGCAGUUGCUGACGUACGAAGACCGCGACGACAACAUUUCGCCGUACCGCGGAGAAAACGUGCUGCACAUUGCUAUCGUCCACCGCAACGUCGAGGCCAUCCAGUGGCUCGUCGAUCGAAUCCCGGACCUUCUUGACGCCGAAACGACCGGGUCGUUCUUCGCGCCGGGGAUGCUCUGCUACUUGGGCGGGACGCCGUUCCUCUUUGCAAUGGCUUCCAAGCUCGUGGACGGCGCCAAAGUCAUUUUAGCAGCGGCCAAGAAGGCGCCUGCUGGGUCGCCGGCCGCCAAGACCUCCAUUUCAAUGACUGACCGGUUUGGCAACAACGCGCUGCACCUCGCGGUCGUCCACGACCUUCCAGACGUCUACGACUUUGCGAUCAAGUACGCCAUGUUGGCGUACCCGUACGCGUGUCCACCGGGCUUUACGGUCGACGCCAGCACCUACGACCUCCCGAGCUUCCUCAAGCAGCUCCAGCCCGUGGACAAGACGUCGUUCAAUCGGUUUUUGCGCCAGUACAACGAUGAUUAUCUAACACCCCUGACGCUCGCUGCGGCCAUGGGCAAGACGACCAUGUUCCAACACCAAAUGAUGCAGCAGACGACGACCGCGUGGGUCUACGGCCCCGUCACCGCCAAGAUGAUCCCGCUGCGCGACUUUGAGGAGCGAUACUACAUCAAAACAAAGACACCGAGCGGGCCCAAGAACGGCGCCGCAGUGCUACCUGCCGGCGCGUCCGAGCUGCUCGCCGAUUUGGAUACAACGAGCGGUCGAACUGCCGUCGAGUGCCUCUGCUCGUACUACAUGCUCUCCAAGUGCAUUCCCAAGACAGCCACAGCCCAAGAAGCAACGAUGCGCGGUCGCCUCGAGCUCAUCAGUACCUACGAAGUCAAGACGCUCCUUGAUAAGAAAUGGAAGUUUGUCGGUCUCGCCAAGUUUCGCCGGGCUUUACUGCGCCACAUCCUCUUUACGACGAUCUUUACGGGCUCGACGCUCUUCUCGAGCCACUACCGCGACGGCUCGACGACGCUCGACGACGCGUGGGUCCUCGUGCUCUUCGAGUGUUACGUCAUCUUGGAGAUCGCGACGCACUUGGUUCGCGAGCUCCGUGAAAUGUGGCACCACGGCUGGCGGUCGUACACGGAGGACUCGGGCGCCGCCAUGGUCGACAACGUCCUCAAAGGCGCCCUCGUGCUCUUGAUUGUGGCCGCCGGUAUCUCCCGCGCGGCUGGCAACUUCGUCACCGAAGACGGCUUUGUCGCCAGCGCGAUCCUGUGCUCGUAUCUCUACAUGUUUUUCUUCCUGUACGGGUUCCGCACCACGGGGCCGUUCGUCGUGAUGCUCCGGCGCAUGCUCUUGACGGACGUCGUCCGCUUCGUGCUCGUGUUUGCGUCGAUUCUCAUGGGCUUCGCUUCCGCCUUGUACGUGGUCGUCGACGCCCGGGGAGGCGCCAACAUCUUUCUCAACCGCAUCAAAUCACUCCUCCUCGCGGCCUUUGCAGCGACGUUUUCGUUUGACGAGUACCGGCUCAGCCGCAUGCCGAUCCCCGCGCAGCUCUUCAUCUUUGUCUACAUGGUGCUGGUCGUGAUCGUGCUCAUCAACCUCUUGAUUGCCAUGAUGGGCUAUUCCUACGACAGCAUCAUCGACUUUGCCGAGCAGCGGUGGUACGCCGAGCGCGCCAACAUCAUGGGCAGCAUGGCGAACGGUCAGUCGGUCACGGAGCGCUCGGCCGAUCGGCUCAAGUACGCCGUGAGCCUCGAUGUGGGCGGAGAGACCGAGCGCUUCAUCCAAGUCGAGUUUCUCGACAUGAAAGCGUGGCGGGGCAACUCGGAGAAGCAGCAGGACGCCAAGGACGAAGAGAAAGAUGGCAUUCGCAACGACGACGUGACCGAGAUCAGCGCGCCGUUCGAGGCCAAGAACCCGUCGACACCGCGUCGCCUUCAGGGACCGCCAGCGCUUUUAGAGGUCGAUGAAGACCGAGAGCAAGACAAGAAGGACGAAGACGACGCGAUCGAGAGCGGGACGAUUGCAGGCCUCGAAGCAACUCUGGCGCGGCUCUCGCACGGCCUCAUCAAGCAUUUCAGCGACGAAGCCAGCCUGGGCGACGAAGAUCCCGUGAGCCGUGAAGCGCUCGUGCUCGGCCACGUCGCCAAGAUCAAGGAGCUCCUCGGCGCCGUCCACACCUUCGAAUAGCCUGGUGUCACUUUGUGGUAUUGUGUAUACAACUUGUCGUUGAAUCUUUAUACACAAUUACGUUUUUGCACCAAGGAUCUAUCCAAUAC